AAAUUAACGUCUAUUAACGUCAAUAGCGCAUUUCGAUUACUCCAUUUUACGAAAUUGGAAUGACGUCUAAAUAUUAACACAAUAAAGACGUACCUCUACUAUAAAGAAAAAAUAAAAGAAGUGCGAAAAGGGCGAUUUAUGAAUAUAAACAAUGAUACAUAUUUAACGUUGCGAUAGUGAUUAGUGCUAAUGGAUACCAAAUGCAAAAUUUCAGAUGAGGAAACAAAGACUGCAAAUCUAUCGAAUAUGGAAGAUUCAUGUAAAGAAUCCAUACCAUCGCCAUCUCCGGAACCAACGAAACAAAACGGUCGGAAGAGAUUAAUCACAGGUCUUUCUCUACUGGCUGGUUUUGGUUUAAUUGUUUACGGUGGUGUUCCUGUGAUAAUAAUCACUUGUUUUUUCAUACAAGUCAAAUGCUAUCAAGAAAUCAUAAAAAUAGCAUACCACAUGAAAAAAAUACCAGAUAUACCUCUAUUUAGAACCAUUAACUGGUAUUUUCUUAUUACUGCCAAUUACAUAUAUUUCGGCGAGACUUUAACUAAACAUACUCAAGUUUUUAUAAAAAAGUAUUAUCUUUUACAACUAUUAGCUAAGUAUCAUAGAUUCUUCUCUUUUGUUUGGUACUUUUUGGGAAUCAUCUGGUUUCUCACAAUGUUAAAGAAGAGACUCCUUAGGCAACAAUUUAGUUUAUUAUUCUGGACUCACUUCAUUCUAAUUGCAGUUAGUUUACAGUGUUAUAUGACAUUACAAAAUAUGUUUGAAGGUUUGAUAUGGUUCAUAAUUCCUAUGUGGUUGAUAAUACUCAACGAUGUUUUCGCUUAUACUUUUGGUAGAUUAUACGGAAAAACUCCUCUGAUAAGUCUGUCACCCAAUAAAACACUUGAAGGCUUUAUACUUGGUGGCUUGAGUACAUUUAUCUUAGGAGCUGUACUUUCAUUUAUAUUUUGCCAUUUUCAAUAUCUAGUGUGUCCUAUAAAAUAUAUUGAAAUUGACGACCGUAUAGUAGCGUCGACGAACUGCACCAGAAGUUAUUUAUUCCAACCGAUUCCUUAUUAUAUUGGUAAUACCGGAUUGUAUUUAAAUUACUACCCAUUUAUUCAACACUCUUUAUACAUGUCAAUUUUUGCUAGCAUCAUUGCUCCUUUUGGAGGAUUUUGUGCUUCGGGAUUCAAAAGAGCGAACCACGUUAAAGAUUUUGGAGAUCUUUUCCCCGGUCAUGGUGGGAUUAUGGAUAGAUUUGAUUGUCAGUUUUUAAUGAUGACUUUUGUUAAUGUAUAUAUUAGUACUUUUGUUAAAAGUCCUGAUGUUGAUAAUGUCUUCAAGCAAAUAAUGGAAUUGAGUGAAGAAGCCCAACUUGAUUUUUAUUUACGUUUGAAAGAUUCUUUGAGUGAUGCUGUUCUAUUAAAAACUAAUUGAUUUAACUACAGUAUGUUCACUAAAGUUACUCACGUUUGGCGCGACAAAAUAAUGAGUUUGCGAAAAAUAAUGUUGAUUUUCCUACUACAUGGCGUUAAAUGCUUAUUCAAUGAGGUUAGGCUAUAAAAUUUUUAGAGUUACCUCAAGGAAAUUAAGGCUCAAGAAAGCCACGUUUGUCAUAUUUUGAUUUUUACAUCAUUUUCUUCACUUUUUUGUUUGUGGGUGAUCCUGCAAUGUGACGGCACAAUUUUGAUGUGAUUUUGAGGUUCUUCAACACUUCAAAUAUUUUCAAACUUAAUAUACUUACAUAAAUUAGAUACAUUUUUUGCUCCUAAUAUUGUGUUAUGAAUGAAAAUUGAAAAAUUUUACUAUAGCAAAAAUAAUUAACUAAAAUAAGCGCACUGUAUAUUCCAUGUGAAAAUUGAUGCUCAACAUCUAUCAUAAGUUCAGGCUUGAUUUUAGUUAGAUACCUUUUUUAUAAUAUUUUUCUUUUCACCACGAAGAAAAUAUUUCACCAUAAACGAUAAUAACAAAAAAGCUAUAAUUUAAAUAUUAAAUUUAAAUUUAGUUUCUAAUAAACAACAAUUAAAAUAUUCCAGAUUUUUGUUACAUACAUAUAUUUAAAUAAUUAUGUUUGAACGUAUCAGUGAAGUUAACAAUCGUGUACAUAAACAUGCAGUUUAUGAUUAAAUGAUCAAAUAAAGGUUAAUAUCAUUGUAGGUUAAUGAAAACUAAUGCAAUUGUAAUAAUAUAGAAUCAUUAAUAAAUUUUCUACUAAUAUAAAGGACGAAUUUAAUUUAUUAAACUCACGUAUUAAAAAAAAAAGAUGUUUAAAAAUUCAUUUGUAUGUAUUUUCUUUUACUUCGGAUGAGGAAAAAUUGCAGCGCUGGCUCAUUGAAAAUAUGAUGAUAUCUAUGAUAACGAGUGCAUCACUAAACACCUGAGUUGUCACUGAAACUCUUAAGAAAUCUAGGAAAACCGACAUAUUCCGUCACGAAAAUUCGCUCAGAAAGUAAACAUCAACCUUCAAAACAAUUUUGUACCAUAUAUACAAGAAAUAGCUCAGGACUUGUAUUUCUAUUAAUGAAUUCUUGUUACCACAAAAUAGAACCAUUAUUGAAAUAAAUGACUCGUGUUUGGUGGGUAUUUCUCAAACUAUUAAUCCGACUAUCAACAACAGAAGCAAUUGAAGCCAGCAAUCGAAGAAAUAUGUUUACUAGAGAACCGUCAAAAAAAAGAAGUUGUAUCUUCCCUACAGUACUAGUCUUUCGCCAUCUUUCUAUCAAUGAUCCAGCCAAAAGUUUCUCAAUUUUGUGAAGCUGGUUCUAUAAGAAGUUUAUGAAAAAUGUUCAAAUGAGUUUUCCACCCAAUGCUACAAUGUCAGAAUUAUAAGUUAACUUGAUAUUUCUUUGACCUACCAACUUUUUAUAAUCUUUUGUCAAUACUCGUUUAUUUGUUUUUCUAUAUAUUUAUUGUCGGUUCAAAGGUUAUUAGCGACAUAUACAAUAUUACAAUUUUUGUUAAGUAGUUAAAUUAUAUUGUUUGUGUGUCACUUUAAUGUGCCUUAAAUGAACUGUUUUCCAUGGCUGAAUGCAUGGUUUGAUAAAUUUUAAUAUUGACUACGAUCUGUUCCUCUCUGAACUUCAUAGUCAUUAGCUAUCACUUUGCGCAUAAUUGCUGCCUCAAUAUUAUCUGCUGAUUAUUUGACUCAUUGGUCAUCUUUUUCGUUUCAUGGGAUGCUGGUAGGCGAUGGGACCCAAAUAAUUGUUAUGUCUGCCUUAGAUGGAAGGUUUAGUUGAGUUUGAAUGAGGAGACCUAGUUGAUGUUUGGGAAAAAGUUGUUGAAUGCUGAUAGAGUCCAUGAUCAUUACUAUUUUAUUAUAUUGAUUUCUUCUGGCCAUGAUUAGUGCCUGUAAUAAAAUCAAAUGAAUUAUUGUGGAUUCAGUGUGACCCGUUUGUGCUGUUAUAUAUAAUUGUUUUAUUAAAAAAUCAAAACCUGUUUGUAACAAAGAUAAGUGGAUACUUCUAGUCUCUUUCAAUUUUUUUAUUUACUAUAACUUUUGGAAUAGAAGUAACUAACAAUUUCAAAGUUUAUCAACUCUAUACCACUUUAGAAGCAUCUGAAAAAAACGCUAUGAAAAUUCAUUGAAUUUUGUCUAAGUCUGAGGUCUAAGCAGUCGCUCAACAUUGUUUCUGUUCGUUCUAUAAUUUUAAUUUUAUCAUGAGGAAUUUGGAGAACGUCGAACAUUUCUAACAAGCUCGAAACCAGUGGAGUGAAUUCUUCUACAAAAUAGUUAAUUAAAUAUUUCGUGUAUUCAGAAGAUUCUCAAGAUUAUUUCAUCGUUUGAACUCAGCAACAAAGAUGUAACAAUGAUUUUAGCUUCCCUUGUAUUUUACAUGUAGAGAUUGUAUAAUAAAUUUAAACUAAAAGUUUAUAAA